AUGUCGUUUUGGGACAAUCACAAGGACUCGAUCAAAGCAGGUGGUAUCUCUGUUCUGAAGGGUGCUGGAAAGGCAACGAAAGCUGUCUCAAAGGCGGGAUAUUCGGCAUAUAAGAACCACAACUCAAAAUCUAAUGCUGCUCCUUCCGAAGAACAAGAUUCACAUCAGGUUGAGGAAGGAUACAUGCCAGCAGCAAGGGAUGACCCAAAAUCAUUCCCCCCUCCUCCAAAGCAUGUUGCAGCGUAUGGUACUCAGGGUGCCUCACAUAUGGUACAACAACAGCAGUAUCAGCCACAUAUGGCAGCUCAAUCUCAACCUCCAAAUUUGGUUGACUACAAUAACCCAUAUCAUCAACCCCCUCAACAACAACAACAACACGAUCAGCCACUACAGGUGCAAUAUCCAUCUCAACAGCAAUACUCUGUAAAUGUGCAACCGCAAACGCAAUCUCUUCCUCCUAGAGAUCAAAACUAUUCCGGCUAUCAGCAACCUUCGGUUAAUCCCGCAUACCCUCCUCCACCACCUAGAGGAGUGGAUACGUCAACUAACCAACUUUCUUUAUCCACAUCAGCACCAGCACCUCCACCUCCUCCAGCAAGAGACCAAAGCUAUCCGGGUUAUCAGCAACCUGUACAACAACCUGUACAAUAUUCAAGACAACCAACCUAUCAGUACCAACAACAACAUAUUAAUGUGGCUUAUCCACACACGCCCUCUGGAGAAGUACAGCAAUCGCCGUAUCAACAAUCAAUUCAAAGUGUCGAACAUCAACAACCCCCUCCUCCGCUCAGAGAGCAAACCUGUUCGAGCUAUCAACAGCCAUCCGUAGUUCCAGGAUCCAUACAAAGUUCUGCAACACAAGCACAACAACCUCUUUAUCUGCAAGCUAAUCAUCAUCAUCAACAACAACAACAACCUCCAAUGGUAGAACAACAGCUUGCAAACUUUCAACAACAAUAUCAACCCAUCUCUGCUCCUGGAACAAGUACAACUUCACUCAAUACAUACCAAGUACCAAACACAUCGGUUCCAUCUCCACCAGUUAGAACUCCUGUUUACCCUGGUGGUGUAGAAGGUGGAAAUACUGAAGGAACACGUUCUACCUCUUUUUCUGAAGAGUCCACCCUACCACAUGGUGAAGCUAAAAUUACGGAGCCUAAAUUCAAAACAAACCUUAUGGAAUUUGACAUAACCAAGUUUGGGGCACCUCCUCCUCGUGCCCGUUUGACAAAAGAUGAAGAUGCAUAUAUGACACGUAAAAAACAAGAGGCAGAACGUUUGAAGCAAAUCAAGGAAGCCUCAUUACAAAAGGCGAGAGAGUCCACCAGUAAAAGCAUUGAGAGUUUCAAGUCGAACACAAGAGCAAAUUCAUUGACUCCAAAUGCUUCAAUUACACCAGAACCCACACCCGAUCCUGCUCAGGGUGUUUUACAUGCGCUAGAUAGUGAACCUUCUGUCGCCAAGCCCUUCAGUUUACCUGAAAUUUCGCAAAUUCAGCCGCCGCCGCCUAUGCAUCGGAAUUCAGAGAUAGGCAUGAAAAGUGCCGUCCCUCCUCCACCGUAUAGACAAAAGUCAACCUCAGGCAAGACGGACUCCCCUCCUAUGUUAAACAUGGUAGCACCAGAACCAGUAGGUGUAUCUGAAACUUCUCAAAAUGUUCUGUCAUAUCCGAUUUCAAAUCAACCCGCAAGCUUGAGCGCACGUGAGCCAAUGAAAACUCCUUCUCCGUUAGAGCAAAAUACUUCUAGUGCUAGCAUGACACAAGCCCAAGCCCAAAUACAGCAAGGCUACUCUUGUAGACAGGAAGAUGCUCCGAAAACCGAUACUGUGAAGAAGAAAACACCACCUGCUAAACCUACCAAACCCAACCAACUUAAGCAGAAGCCUCCAAAACCCGUCAAACCCUCAUCUCUUGCGUCUGCAGUUCCGUCUUCCGAUACUGGUAACCAGAAACCUCCUAUAGCACCAAAAAGUAGUGCACAUGGCAACCAUAUCAAGGAACUUCAAGCAAAGUUGGGAAACCUAAACUUUGCAUAA